UCUAAUCUCUUGUGUUUCAAUGGACGCCUAGCUUUGCCACUUGAAGAGGAUAAGAUGAUAUUAUUCCUUUUGGUUUGAAGAUAUCAAGUUUUUGCUGAUUCUCGAAAGCUCAAGCUGAGCUUCACAUUCCAAUUCUCAUGGAAAUGAGAAUCCUCCACCGUAAUUCCGUCUUCCGCAUUCAUUCCUCUCCUCUCUUCCUCAAAUCAACUCCUUUCUUCCAAAUGCACCCUCCUCUUCUUAAAACCUCCCCCCGUCGACACCACCGUUUCUCCAUAAACUCAGUUUCGGAGAACCCAUUUCAAUCCAGCCAAUCCAUUCCUAAAACCCCAGAAAAACCACAACCUAGAACUCUUUUCCCGAGUGGGUUUAAGCGCCCGGAGAUUAAGGUGCCCUGUGUAGUGCUGCAAUUGGAUGCGGCACAGGUUUUGGCCGGUGAUAAUGCUUUGGAUUUAAUUGACAGAGCUGUUUCCAAGUGGGUUGGGAUUGUGGUGCUCAAUAGCGGUGAAGGCGGUGGCGGUAAGCUCUACGAAGCCGCUUGUAAAUUGAAGUCGAUAGUUGGAGAUCGAGCUUAUUUGUUGAUAGCCGAGCGUGUUGACAUUGCGACUGCCGUUGGUGCCAGUGGAGUUGUCCUCUCUGAUCAAGGUCUUCCUCCUAUUGUGGCCAGGAACACCAUGCUGGAUUCUACUUCAGAUUCCCUUUUUCUACCUCUGGUAGCAAGGAAUGUAAAGUCCUCCAUUUCAGCCGUAAAUGCAUCUAAAUCGGAAGGAGCUGAUUUUCUAUUGUACGAUUUUGAUGAAGAGAAGCUUGAAUUGACGACAGAUUCUGUGUUUAAGAAUGUGAAGAUACCGAUAUUUAUACUAUUUUCCUCAUAUGGAGCAGACGUAACGUUUCAUGAAGCGUUAAAAUGGCUGGAAUUUGGUGCAAGUGGCGUAGUGAUCUCUUUGCAAGCCUUGAGGCUGCUGAGUAAUGAUGAUGUUGGUAAAUUAUUUGAUUCCAUAUUUACUGAAAAUGGAAGAAAGGAGGAUGAUAUUGAAAGUUCCAAUUCAUCUAGUUUAUUUAAUAUUGGCAAUGGUGCUCUUGGAACAACACAAGUAGCUGGAUUUGCUAAUUUGGAAGCUAGAGAAAAGCAAGUCGUAGAAACAGAGAAAUUAGUGUUGCGUGAGGCUAUAAAUGUUAUUCAGAAAGCUGCUCCACUGAUGGAGGAGAUUUCGCUGCUCAAUGAUUCAGUUUCACAAAUUGAUGAGCCAUUUAUGCUGGCUAUAGUGGGUGAAUUUAACUCUGGAAAGUCAACAGUUAUCAAUGCACUUCUUGGAAGGAGAUAUCUAAAAGAUGGGGUUAUUCCUACGACUAAUGAGAUAACUUUCUUGAGGUUCUCCGAGUUAAAUUCUAAUGAACAACAACGAUGUGAACGACAUCCAGAUGGUCAAUAUAUAUGCUAUCUUCCUGCUCCCAUCCUUAAUGAAAUGAACAUUGUUGAUACACCCGGUACUAAUGUCAUUCUUGAGAGGCAACAACGCCUAACGGAGGAAUUUGUGCCUCGUGCUGAUUUGCUGCUUUUUGUUAUCUCUGCUGAUCGUCCGUUGACUGAAAGUGAGGUUAAUUUUCUUCGUUACACACAGCAGUGGAAGAAGAAAGUGGUGUUUGUGCUGAAUAAAUCUGACCUUUAUCAGAAUAGUCACGAGCUGGAGGAAGCUUUGUCCUUCGUCAAGGAAAAUGCAGCAAAAUUGUUGAAUACUGAACACGUCUUUGUAUUUCCAGUAUCUGCAAGAUCUGCUCUGGAUGAAAAACUUUCUGCUACUCUAGAGGGUGGAGAAGUCGUAUCUCCCUCUAGUUCUUAUUGGAGAAGCAGUAGCUUCCAUGAACUUGAAAAUUUCUUAUACAGCUUCUUAGAUGGGUCAACAGGUAAUGGAAAGGAAAGAAUGAAGCUUAAACUCCAAACACCUGUUUCAAUUGCGGAACGGCUACUUUCUGCUGCCGAAACUCUUGUGGGACAGGAGAUACGUUUUGCCAAACAGGAUUUGGCUUCAUUAAAUGAAUUAGUUGAUGGUGUAAGAAAUUAUGGAUCAAAGAUGGAAAACGAAAGCAUUACUUGGAGAAGACAAGCUUUGUCACUGAUCGACUCUACCCAAUCACGAAUUAUGAUGCUUGUAGAAUCCACUCUACAACUAUCAAAUUUGGAUAUUGCUGCUUAUUAUGUCUUGAAAGGGGAAAAGACUACCACUCUAUCGGCUACCUCGAAGAUUCAAAACGACAUCAUUUCCCCAGCAUUAGCUGAUGUGCAAAAACUUCUCCAAGACUAUGAAUCCUGGCUUCAAUCCGGCAAUGCUAAUGAAGGAACAGUAUACCAGGAAUCCCUGCAGAAACUGUGGCCAUCUAUUGUUUUUCCGGCGACUCAGAUGCAUCUUGAGACCUAUGAGUUGCUUAAGAAAGUAGAUGAUCUAAGUCUGAAAGUAAUUAAGAAUUUCAGUCCAAGCGCUGCUUCAAAGUUGUUUGACCAAGAAAUUCGUGAAGCGUUUUUGGGAACUUUUGGUGGACUCGGGGCUGCAGGUUUAUCUGCUUCGCUUCUAACUACAGUACUUCCCACCACAAUAGAAGAUCUUCUUGCUCUUGGCCUUUGUUCUGCUGGCGGAUUUUUGGCAAUUUCCAACUUUCCAAGUCGUAGGCAACAGUUGGUAAGUAAAGUAAAAAGAACAGCAGAUGGAUUUGCUCGAGAGCUUGAAGCUGCUAUGCAAGAGGACCUCAAUGAAGCAGUUCGAAAUUUAGAAACUUUUGUGAGUGUCAUAAGCAAGCCAUAUCGAGAUGACGCACAAAAUAGGUUAGAUAAACUAUUGGAGAUUCAAGAUGAAUUGUGCAAUGUUGGGAAAAAAUUACAAAAACUACAAAGUGAUAUCCAAAAUCUUCAUGUAUCAUGACUGAACAAACCAUGUUUUUAUUAGUCUUACCAUAUUUAAAAGGUUUCCUCAGUGACAUAUGUUAAAUGGAAUGAUGCCACAAUAAAAUGUUAAUCUCCCUGAUCCA